AUGCAUCAUGAUGAACCAUUAACAUUAAAAAUUUCUCAAGCAACAAAUGAUAUUUUAAUACGUACACAUGAUGAGUAUAAUAAUAUUGUGAUAGUAUUUCAAAGACAUGAUGAUACUAUUUAUAUAGUUGAAUACAUAACUAUUUCACCUGAAAUAGCUCAAACAGCUGUUGAAUUGAUGAAAUUUUAUAUUGAUACCAAAAUACUUCUAUAUGGUUUUCCAUUAAUUAUUAUUAUACCAUUACGAGAAAAUAAUAUUGUUCCUUCUGUUGCUCAACAAAUAUCAAUAACAUAA